AUGGAUUUCACUCCAGAAGUGUGCGAACUUCGUCACCUCAGCGAGGCUAUCGUGAAGAAACACUUCGAAAUUGCGUGGAUAUUGUUGAAACAGGAAAUCGUUCAUACCAAGCUCAAGACCAGGACGCAAGAUAGUCCCAUCUUUGCAGCAGUGGAAGUAGGCCACACUGAGCUACUUGAUCGUAUUAUCGAAAUUCAACGCUUGGACGUCUCGAUGCUCGAUCGAAACGACGAAACAGUGCUUCACUGCGCAUGCAAAUACGGUCACUUGAACCUAGUAGAAAGAUUUCUUAACGAGAAUGCAGAUCCUUACGGUGCUGCCAAACCUGACAUGGAGCCUACAAUCACACCCUUAGUGUCAGCCAUUGAGUGCGCCUUUCCAACAGAAAGAUAUGCUAUCAUAGAGACAAUUCUGGCAUCCAGGCCAAACUUUCCACAGUCUUCUCAUCAACAAUACAAAUUGUACGCGAUGUACAUUGCUUCAAAUUGUAAUUUAGAUGACCUGGAGCUUUUCAUGGGAAAAGAAUUCUUCAAACCAUUCUUGAACGACCCGCCACCUAAUACUCAGCGCGAGGGAUGGCUGUAUUGGUUGAAGCGAGCUAGGACCUACGAGAACGCGGAAAUCUUUCGAAGGCUUCUUGAGCUUUGCCCCCGCGAACAUUGCGAUGAUAUUAUAUUCCGAGAAGUGUUUGAGAUACUUACGAUUCCGCGAGUGAGCGGGGCUAUCGGGCUCGUAGUGGUCAAGAUGUUGACAGAUCACUUUCAGCGUUGCCCAUCGAGUAUCAACGACUUUUGGCCGAAGACCCGCUGUUCACUUCAAAGUGCGAUGACGUCCGCUAUUAGGGAGGAUGACUUUAACUUGAUAGAAUGCCUUCUGCAUUUCAAUGACCUUGUUGAAAAACGUCAAGACCCCAGAGACAACCCGAAGAGGGGCUCAAAGGACGGAAAUAUUCUGUCCAAUGUGGGUGCCCCAUGCAGCUCGGAGAUGCUUAAUCUUCUUCUCCGACACGGCUACGACGUCAAUCAUGGAAACCGUCAUACACAGCGUUACCCAUAUGGGAACACACCGCUACAGCGAGCCAUCGAAGCGUUUAAAUGUGAUGGCAAAGGCACUGAAGUCAUUAAAGACUUGAUACCGAUGGUCGACGACAUCAAUGCGGUCGAUUAUCGUGGUCGUACUGCUCUACACCUGUGUGUGAACAUGUGGGCGCCCAAACCAAAGACAGUCGUCGACAAGCUCACGGAAAUUGCCGAAAUUUUGAUUAACAACAAAGCUGACCUUUCGGCUCGUGAAUUUGGUGGAAACACGCCACUUCACUUCGCUGCAUCAGGUCGCCUUUUCGACCCAUUCGUGCGUCUCUACCUUGAUCGGGUUGCAGUAGAUGACGCCAAAAACGAUAAAGGAACAACGCCGCUUCAGAUUCUUGAAUUAGGGCGUAAUCGAACAAGAGAAAGAUUAGAAAGGUUUUUGUAG